UGACCCUCCUCAUUUCCCAUGGUGCACUAGGGGGGACGACACCUUCAAAGACGGCCCCUGAGCGUCAGCAAGGCAGCAAACCAUCCUGAAGGAGCAGCAGAGCAUUGGCACUGUAGGCUUUGGACUAGCUUCGAAGAGGACUACUGAGUAGACAAAGGUCAAUCCCACCCAACCUCAGCAACAGCUAAAAUGGCUACAGCGAGCACCUCAGGGCAGAGCACCUUCGGACUCGGCAGGAAAAAGAAGAACCCAAGUCUCAUGGAUUCGAUUAGCAAGUUCUUCGGAGGAGACAAAAAGAAAAGGAGCAAGGGGUCAUUCCGGGGUCAUCUGUCCACCUCACCCCAGCAAUCUGCUCGCCGCCGCACCAAUGAAAAUGCUGUGGUGCAUUUCUUCAGGAGCAUUGUUUCCACUCCUCAACCUAAAUCCAGGUGGAGAGACCGCUUGGGCUUGGCCUCGUCGCAGCGUGCCGAGAGCACAAAGUCGCCUGUCAGACGACGCAGAGACCAAAGCACACUGUCCAGACUCUUCAACCUGGGAGAUACCAAGUCCCGUACACCCUCUAAACGCUGGAGCACCAUCUUCUAAGCUCUCCGCCGAGGACCAAACCACAGAUCCAAAGCCGAUGGGACAAGACGAAGGAGGAGGAGGAGGAACAGAUCUGCACGCGGCGGACUCACAACCUCAAGAAAUGUUAACCCACUAACAUGAGCUUCCUGUAUCUUUAGACAAUGACACAACAUUGGCGCAGUAUAAAAUCCACUCUUCGGGGAUGUACUGUGCCAAGUUUGGUCAUGCUUUUAGUAAAAUAUCUUUCUUUAAAAAUCAUCCAUUUGGUCUGAUGGUGCUAGUGUCUGCUGUCCGGUGUCUGAGGUUUGUUCAUGGCAGAUGUUUGUUUUUCUAUUUGUCUCCUGUUGUCUGCUUUUUGUACACGAGUGACGCUUUGUGUUAUCUCGCUGCUUUCUAGAAGACUCACACGCCAAAUGCGUCAUUGUUUUCGUUUCAUGUGAGAAAUCUAGACGGAGAGUGGUCCUGUUUGUGGUUGUUGUGCUUGAGUGAAAUGUAUGUCGCCAAGAAAAUGCAUUUUGAAGAUACAAUUGGAAACUUAUGAGUAGUAUGGACUCUAAUAUUGUUUUCAUGUAACAGGUUUUAUUUCACUGUGCCUCGGUGUGGUUAAUAAACAUGUACAAUAUGAUGCUAUGUAAGUCUAUCAAGUGAAAAGAAUAAAAUGCCCUUUUGAAAUGCACUGUUACAUAACUGAAAAAUGUCCUAAAAAUGACUGUUUGCACUCUUUCCUACUGUAUGUAGCUUUUGCAUCUUUUUCAUUUAUGGUGAUUUGUCUGCCUGUAUCUUAAAUUCAGUUUGAAGUUUGAAUGUUGUUUGUGUUUUAUUUAUAAAAUGAAAGACAAAAGGUUUGUUUUAUCUGAUGGUCAGAUCGUAAGUGGUUCGAAGGUUUAAGGCGGAAGAAGCAAGAUGGCGUAAGGAGUUCAGUACUGAAGAGCAAUAUGUUCAUUUCAAAUGUCCUGACGCAUAAUUUGUCCGUUUUUUUUUGCGUCCAUCAUAAAUUACAUUGCCAUUUUCAUUUGUACAUGAUCUGUGUGUACGUUCACUUUAACUGAAUAGUCAAAAGCAGUGUAAAGAUGUUUUUUUCUGAGGUUGCUGAUAUGUGGUGGUGCUACAGUAUUAGGAAAUGAUACUUAGAAAACUGUCUUUCCUCUUAAUGUAAAACUCUGUUGUUUUAUUUUAAUGUUCAACCUAACUGGAAAUAAACAUCCUUCGUCUUCUCUUAGUUGAGAGUUAUUAAGUGUUUUAAAGUCUGAACACUUCUUGUCUUACAUUUUAGGAAGAUCAUUACGAUAACACAUGCAAAAUAAGUGCAUACAUUUCUUUUCUUUUCUUUCUUUUAUACUAAAACAUCUGGGAACUUCAAUGUUUAUGAAAGGAAAUAUUCAAUUUCUGACAUUUAAUCAAAGCAUUCUUGGUUGAUUGGGAACGACACAGCAGUGUUUUUUGUGCAGGUAUUUAAAAGAAAACACAAUCCAACCAAAUUGUACCCUGAUGUUUGAAGCUAUGACAAUAAUCGACAGUAGAGGGGGUGGGGGGGGGGGGGUAUCUGCCCCCAAUUCAACCCAUAAUCAAUCACUGAAAAGACUCCCACACACUCUUGAAAUAUCCUCCAGAACCCAAUCAUCAUCUAUCUCGAACAUGAAUCCCAAUAUCAAACUGUUCACUGAGAUGUAAUUGAGCAAUAAACAAGAAUGAGUCAUCCUCAUUAGAUUCCCUUGUCAAUACUCAGAAGUGAGGAAAACAGUGUUUCUCAUCAUUAGAAACAAUGCUGAUAGAAGUUUUCAAGGACAACUGCCCCUAAAACCACAAUUAGCACAGAGCUCCGUCUCUUCUGCAUGCAAUGUUCCUGCGAUAAUUGGCUCAGUGGCCUAAAGUCAGCAUUACACAAGAGAGAGGUGAAAGGCAAUUUUCCCGUGCUUGACACACUUAAACAUUCACAUAAAGAGCUAAAUAUACAUGAUGCUAUUCACUGUGGUUUGUCUUUACACCGAUUCCAGCCACAAAAAUGUCUGGUCAGGAGAAAAUAUUACAGCAAAAUAUAAGACAGAUAUGUUGGAUUUAAAAUGUCAAGAAGGAAAUUUCUCUCAUAGAAGCUCAAAUACUCAACACAAAACGCGUAAUCCCAAUAUGAUUUAAGCAUUUUCUCAACCUGCAUCACCUUACUUUGACAGGAAAAAUGCUGUUAAUCUCAGCAAACUGUUGUGUAAUCCCUCAUACCAUGUCCUAAUUUCAUUUAACUGCUUACAUAUACUGCACAUUGAUCCUUGUUGCACCUUUUUGUAAGGUUGCUCUUUGAUUGUCACAACCUUAUAUUUACCAUUGAAAUGGAAAUUUCUAUAUGCUGUCCCCCCUCUGAAUGCACCUGAAUACAUUAAAUCACAGUCCCAUUCAUUAGUUCACCGUCUUUCAGGGUCCCUGGGUGUUUUUUCACAAAUGAUGGAGGACGCUUUCUUCAAACACGCUAAAGACCUUUUGCAUAAUUCAAAGCUGCCGCAAUGUUGAGCAAGAGAGACCUCUGCUGCUCUACCGUUGUGCUGCAAAGGAACUGUUUUAAACAUGUUCUGGUAAACUGCCUGAGAAUGACCCACAAUGUUCCAGAAUGAGCCACAGUGUUCCGGAAUGAGCCACAGUGUUCCGGAAUGAGCCUAAGUGUUCCGGAAUGAGCCUCAGUGUUCCGGAAUGAGCCUCAGUGUUCUAGAAUGGUUCACAAUUAGUCAAAAUGACCCUCAGUGUUCUGGAAUGGUGCACAAUU